ACGGAAUAUUUUGUUGUGUGUUAAGCACGCGUGUUCGUCUCGUUUGACAGCAUGCGAAUUGUCGCUGUCAAAAUGAAUAUAUGGUGUUGCCGCCGCUGAACGAUGAGUGACAGAUUCAAAAGUCAAAGCCUACAAAUGCAGGAGUGACAGAAAACAAAUAAUACACGCACCGCAUCAAAAGCCAACGACAACAGAUUUUUUUUUUUGGAUUUCUUAUUUUUCCAUCGAAUUAUGACAAAUACCUUGGGCAUUCGAAUGAAUUCGUUUAGUGAAAACUUUUCCACCGAAACUGAGCAAGAUGCUACAUCGAUUUUAACUGAAUUGGACAAAGGUCUCCGGUCGACGAAAAUCGGUGAACAAUGUGAAGCAAUCGUUCGAUUUCCGAAAAUCUUUGAAAAAUAUCCAUUUCCAAUUUUAAUCAAUUCAUCGUUUUUGAAAUUGGCUGAAUUUUUUCGCGUUGGAUCAAACUUACUGCGCUUAUGGGUGUUGAGAGUGUGUCAACAGAGUGAGAAACAUACCGACAAAAUUAUCAAUGUCGACGAAUUUGUACGACGUGUCUUCAUGGUCAUUCAUUCGAAUGAUCCAAUAGCCAGAGCUCUAACGCUGAGAACGCUAGGAGCGGUGGCCGGUGUCAUACCAGAGAAGCAACAAGUUCAUCAUGCAAUUCGUAGGGCGCUUGAUAGCCAUGACAUUGUUGAAAUUGAGGCUGCAAUCGAUGCAUCCGUUUUAUUUGCCGCACAAUCAAAAUCAUUCGCCAUCAGUAUGUGCUCAAAAGUAGCAUCGAUGAUUGAAUCCUUGCAAACACCAAUCAAAAUGAAACUUCAGUUGAUUCCCGUUCUGAAACACAUGCAUCACGAUGCGAACACUGCUGCGUUGGUGAAAUCAUUGUGUAGAAACCUUCUGCCAAAAUACCCAUCCGAAGAUUUUGUAGUGGUCAUUUUGAAUUCACUCACACAACUGUCGUGUGCCACCUUGGUUGAUAUUCCCGAUCAAGUGACGUUGCUAUUGACUUAUUUGAAAGAUCCACGAAAGGGCGUUCGAUACUCGAUUUUGCAUUCAAUGCGAUUAUUGGCGUUGAAAGGUGCACACUUGUGGCCAAAAGGAGCAUUACAAACGCUUCUAACCAAAGCUAUGCAUUGCAAUGAUAUGGGAGAUGAACAAAGCCUUGUUCUGAAUGUGGUUUUAACUCUAACGGAAUGCCCUGUCUCGUGUAAUCAACUACUUAACGAUGAACAAAAUAUUGUACUUGAACUUUGUACGUCAUGUUUGGUCUUGGAACAUCAUGCGGCAACCAGCAAAGCACUGGGAAUUUUAACCAAACUCGUCACAUAUUGCUACACCGAGAGAAUUCCGCCUACAAUUAGUUAUGUCGAUCAAAUCGAUUUGCAUAUUGAAAGUUUGAUUUAUGUGUCGAUGGUCGACGUCAAACUGGAGAAGGAGCUGAAAAACUAUUUGAAGUGUGGCGUCACUUUGUCGCAGUAUAAUCAAGAUUUUCGUCAUCGAUUCUUGGAUAUCGUCGGUUGUCUUCUUACUGAUAAUUUUGUAUAUCCCUCAAAGCACUUGACUUUGCUAUGUGAAACUCUUGGCGCACUGGGAUCACAGUACAUGAAACAAAUCAUCGACACUUCAUUCGCCCUUCCUACCGAUUCCAACGCCAUGGAAGUUGAUGACGAAGAUGAUGUUUUCCGGCCAACAAGCGCAUUCCAUGAAAUGCUACCAAAACUUCUGAAAAAACUGGACGCAAUCGCUAACACCACCACCAUCAGCGACGAUCAAGUGCCAAUUGUUGAAACUCUUUCGGCAGUGUGUUUGCAAUCGAUGCUCGGCACAUUUUUACCCGUCAAAGUGUUGCACACUUUUGAUCGAGUUUUGAAAGCAACCAAUUAUUGGACUCAAUAUCGUAUCGCCAGAUCGGCAUCCAGAUACGGUCAUCAUUACCUCGCAUCAACGAUCUAUGAGAGACUGUCAUCGAAUGUUUCAUUGGAGAAAUUACACUUUUUCCUGAGUGGUUUAAGCCAGAUAUCGAAAGCUGAGUGUAUCUUGAAUUAUGGUUGUGAAUUCGAAACAAUUGAUGAAUACUAUAAACAAACUUCAAGCCGAGAUGGAGCUACGAAGAAAUUGCAGAGUACUUUAACGUUAGCUGAACGUUUGGAGAGGUCAGUGUCACUCUAUUGGAAGGCGUUGGCAACAUUAAAAGCAAGUUCGUCGACCAAUCAUCCAUUGACGUUUCAAACGGAGUUUGUACGGUUGCGUGGACAAUUCCUAGAAGCGAUGUUCAAUUUGGUCAUUAUCAAAAACACGCAGAGUAUCACACCGCCUCCGAUCAUCGCACAAACAUUGGCACAAAAUUCACGUGAUUAUUUACAGAAAUUCGGUCAUGUUACGAAUCAAUUGAGAAAGGCAGUCAAAAUUUUGAAAACGUGCGAAGAUUCAUAUUUGAAGUUGUACAAGUUUGCAUUUGAUGCUGAUCCCAGCACUCUAGAGUUUCUCGAAAUCAACCAGCACGCAUGUGCGAUCUUAAGUUACUCCGUUGAGACGAUUUGCUUUGUUUCACCUUCGGAGCCUCCAAACACGCCAUCAGAUGGAUCGUACCCGGAAACAAAGUUUCUCCUCGCUGCUUGUCGCAAAAUACAGAAUGAAUUAACAAAACAUCUGCCGUCGGAGCAAAGCAAUCAGAAGACUAUCACCAAUCGACACACAGAACUGAUACUGAAUCAACUGGAGGUUUUGAUGCAAAUGCCAAUUUGUAUGCCUCGAUUCUUCUUCCAAGUGUUACAAAAUACGUCGAUCAAAUUGUCGAUUAGCCCACAGCCUCGUAUUGCUGGUGAUCCAGUCAUUGUUCAACCCGGAAGCAGUUUGGUGGUGAAAGUUGAAGGUGUGAUUCAACAUCAUGGCAAAACUCCAAGUUUGUAUCGUUCAGUGGAUUCAGUUCAAUUGACGCUUACAUCGCAGUUGAUUUCACCGAAAACGACCGACUUCAAAAUGGCCAGUGACACAAUAACGUUGACACAAACCGUGAAACCGCACAGAGACUUUUUGACGGGAAACUUCAUGAUAGCGUUGAACAAUAUACAGCCAGCUGGACCAGCCGGGCAAUUCAAUACGGUAUCCGGCGGACAAUGGCAACUCACAUUAGAAGCUUGUGUCAUCGAUGGAGACAGUGUUGUUUGGAACACUGGACCAAAAUCACAAUUGCUGGUUCGAGUGCCAGAAGACACCUCCAAGCAAAUGAAUACAGUGCCCAUUCGCCGAUUCUGAGCGUCAGUUGCAUUUCAUUACACAUUUUGAACACAUAAAAUACUGUAUAAAUUAAGAGAUCGAAUAAAAUUAGAAUUGAUAUCGGAAAUUAAUUGAA